AUGGCCAAACAAGGAGGCCGCAGUGCCACUGUAUGCUCAGCUACCUUCUCAGCUAACAAGCUGGAGAUCAGCAGGGAAAGGCUCUGCUUUGAGCAGCCUGGGAACGUGGUGGUUGGGGGCAGCUUCACCAUUUUCUACGUUGAUGAAGUCACCCUGCUCAAGUUUACUUCUCCACCAGCUGCCGUGGCAUCUUCAAACCUUAACAUAUGGGGCUACCUGGUGUCCCAGGGUUUGGUCUUUGCCAUCGAGGAGCUCAACAGGGACUCCCACCUGCUGCCCAACCUCACACUGGGCUUCUCCAUCUGGAACCCUGGAGACUCAGUGUCUGGAGCCCUCCAUGAGGCUAUGGUCUUCCUCACAGGCCAGGAGGAACCCAUCCCCAUCUACAUGUGUCAGGCCAGCCCUCCCCAAGCUGCCCUAAUUGGAGACACACGUUCCGCCCUAUCCAUCCCCCUGGCCAGGCUGCUGGGGCUCUACAAAUUCCCCCAGGUCAGCUACGCAUCGACUCUGGCCAGCCUCAGCGACAAGACCCAGUUCCCAUCCUUCAUGAGGACCGUGCCCACUGACCUCACAAAUUCCCACAUGGUGGCCCAGCUGGUGCUCCACUUUGGAUGGUCCUGGGUGGGCAUUCUGUCCCAGGAUGAUGACUAUGGCCAACAGAGCAGCGCUCCGGUGACCCAGGAGCUGGUUCAGGCCAGAGUCUGUAUUGAGUUCAACCUCCACAACCCCUCCCAGGAGUCCCUGGAGAAGACACAUGCCAUCGUCCAGAGGAUAAAAGUCGGCACUGCCAAGGUCAUUCUGGUCUUCCUGAGCAAUAAAAAUUUUCAACUUGUUCUGCAGGGGCUGCUGGGCAGCGAGGUCUUGGGCCAGGUAUGGGUCAGCCAGGACACACUGCACAGCGUGCUGGCCCUGACAAUCCCAGGUGUGUCCCAGGUCCUGCAGGGCUCCUUCAGCCUUAUGCCACUGCACCACCGCCAGGUCCCCAGCUUCCUGGAAUUCCUUGCUCGCCUGCACCCCGCCCAGACCCCAGAAGACAUGUUCACCCAGAGGUUUUGGGAAAUCACCUUUGGAUGCAUGUGGCCCAGCAGGAGCUCAGGGCCAGAGGGAAACAGCACAGGAGGGGUGCUGUUCUGCUCAGGGAAUGAGAGCCUAACAGGCCAGGAGUACCCUUUCCAGAAUGUGAGUUACUUGCACCUCGCAUACUCGGCGGUCUACAGUGUCGCCCACGCUCUGCAAGACCUGGUCACCUGUGAGCAUGGCGAUGGGCCAUGUGCAGACACUCAACACUUUCAGCCCUGGCAGCUUCUGCAUCACCUCAGGAAGGUGCAUUUCAAGACCCCCGAUGGGAGAGAGAUCAUUUUUUAUGCCAAUGGAGAUAUAGUUACAGAAUUUGACAUUCUCCAUGGGCAGAAAACCCCUGAGGACAUAUCCCACUUCGUCCACAUCGGCACCAUUGACCAGCGAGCCUCUUCCAGGGACAGAGUGACCAUCCUCUGGACAAAGGAAGAGCCCCAGGUCCCCAGCUCUGUCUGCAGCACAAGUUGUACCCCGGGCUUCAGCCAGAUCCCCCAACAGGGCGCCCCUCACUGCUAUUUUGAGUGCAGACCCUGCCCUGAGGGGCAGUUUACAAACCAGACAGACAUGAAGCAGUGUCUUCCUUGCCCCAUGGAACAGUACUCCAGCCGUGCCAGAGACCACUGCCUCCCCAGGACUGAGAACUUCCUAGCCUUUGAUGAGCCCCUGGGGCUCAUGAUGAUCUCAGCAGCAGUCACACUAGCCAGCCUGGCACUGCUGGUCCUGGUGGUGUUUCUGAAAUACAGGAACACACCUGUGGUCAGGGCCAACAACAGGGCUCUCAGCUACACGCUCCUGGCCUCUCUCGCUCUCUGUGCCAUCUGCCCCUUGCUCUUCCUUGGUCGUCCCACCAUUGCCACCUGCCUCCUCCGCCAGACCACUUUUGCAGUCGUGUUCACCGUGGCUGUCUCUUCUGUCCUGGCCAAAACCCUCACAGUGGUCCUGGCCUUCAGGGUCACGAGGCCAGGGGGCAGGGUGCAGGUGUGCCUGGGACCUGGUGCCUCCACCUCUGUCAUCCUCACAGUCUCCUUGGUCCAAGUGAUUCUCUGUGGAGUCUGGCUGGGUACCUCCCCACCAUUCCCGUACAGGGAAAUGGCUUCUGAGCCCAGCCAAGUCACUGUCCGGUGCCAUGAGGGCUCCAGAGCCGCCUUCUCCUAUGUGCUGGGCUACUUGGGCCUCCUGGCUGGGGGCACAUUCUUGGUGGCCUUCUUUGCCAGAGGUCUUCCUGAUGCCUUCAACGAGACCAAGUUCCUCACCUUCAGCAUGCUGCUUUUCUGCAGCGUCUGGGUGGCCUUCCUGCCCCUCUACCACAGUGCCCGCGGCAAGGCCACCGUGGCUGUGGAGAUCUUCUCCAUCCUGGCCUCCACCGCGGGGCUUCUGUGCGGUAUCUUCCUGCCCAAGUGCUACAUCAUCCUGCUGAGGCCUGAGUGGAACACUCCAGCCCGCCUGAAGAGUAGACGCCAGACUUAG